AAAGUUGUGGUUAAUAUGUUGUGUGUAUGAGACAGAAAAAUUACCUCCAUUUUCACAUAAAGUGUUAAAAAAAAAAGAAAACAAGUAGAAGGACAAGAAAAAAGAUCUAUUGCCCAAGAAAAAAAAGCACAAAAAAAACUCAGAGAUCCACUUUAAAAUUCAAGGACGGGACUCUACAGGAUUUAAAUAACAGGAAGACCAGUGCAGCAGCUGUAAUUAUCACUGGGGUGGGGGUGAAAACUUACUCAUACACACAAUCUGAAUGGGAUUAAAAUCAAAUCACCACACCUCCCCUUGAAAAAUAAAUCCAGGACAAGUCAAGUUCACUAGAGCAAUGCAGAUUUUUCCAGACUUUUACUCAAUCCAUAUUUCACUGACUGACUGAUUUAUGGACAUGGAAAAUUUCUGUCAAAAUUCACAGCCUCUCUGUUUAAACUAUCAGUGAUCAACUGAAGGUGUAGUAUGAGGCAUAUUAAUAAAUCUUGUUGGUGUUUUUGUCAUCAUAAUGAAUAAGGAACAUUGCAGAUAUGCAAAUGGUAGAAGGAUAAGCCUCUUCCUUAAUAGUGAAUUUGUUUAUGGCUAUUUGUUUAUGGUCAGGAUCUUUCCCGGAGCUUCCUGACCACUGUUUAUUGCUUUAGUUAAAUCUUAUAUGAAUUUGACACGUAGUACUGUACCACAGCAGCCCAUUCUGUUACCAUAUCCCUAACUAUAAAACCUGGAUUAUGCAGUAGUUUACAUUUAGUGGUGAGAUGAAGAAUUUGAUCUUUUGAAGUUCUUUGGUUUGAAUCUUCUUGAUUAGAUUCCCUUAGUCCUCUGCUGCCUUGUUAUUAUAACAUCCAUGUUAAUGAUGAUCACUGAUUUAGAAUACAGGUGAGGUCAUCUUAAAUCACAGCUGAGAUCUCUGUUCCUGGAGGUGCGACAGACAUGGAAGGAUGCCCUGUCUCUGCCAGCAAACACAACACUUUGCAUACAGAUUUCCAUAUAUUCCAUCCAUGUUGUGGGGGGGGGGAUUUAGAUUUGUUCAGUCACUUGACUACCUCAUUCCCAAACAAUCACAACCCCAUCUUCAGUCUGGCAGGAUCUUAUCUCUGUCUCCCUUUGUAGAAGACGAGGAGAUGGCGAUAAAAUUGUGUUGCUUUCCCAAGGAUCCACUGGAGGAUGUUGAAACUUGGAGUGAGUCUGUGGACAAAGUCCUCAGCUGUAAAGCGGGACAGAUAGCUUUCCGGGAGUUCCUGAAGUCUGAGUACAGUGAGGAGAACAUACUGUUUUGGCUCGCCUGUGAAGAGUACAAAAAAAUCAAGACAGUCCCAGAGAUGAUCUCAUCUGCCAACAGGAUCUACUCAGAGUUUGUCCAUUCAGAAGCACCCAGACAGAUCAACAUAGAUUGCAGUACCAGAGAAAAUAUAACAAAAAACAUCUCCCAGCCAACCCUGACUUCGUUUGAUACAGCGCAGAAGCUCAUCUACAGUCUGAUGGCCAGGGAUUGCUACCCGCGGUUCCUAAAAUCUGACAUCUAUCAGGGACUCCUGAGGAGAGACGAUUCAAGGUGACUGUUUUAAAACUGACAGCCUCUCAGAUGGAGGCUGGCGAAAUCUUCUCUUCGACUCUGAUCUGCUGUAGCACUUCUUUGAUUUCAGUGUGGAUAACAGGUUUAUGCCAUACAAUCCAGAUCCUAAGUGUAGCAGAAAUAGUUUUUCCUCAGUCUGUGUGAUUCAGUAGACAGUUACAGCUCAAGAGAAUUUGGGGCUUGUAUUAUACUUUAUCUCUUUAAUUAUCUUAAGGCAAAAAUAAACCCCACCCCAUUAAGUUAAAAAGAAUUCCUUUAUUGUAAAGUAUUAUCAACACUUUAUCUAAUUGAUUAUGAAAAUGUAAAUCAAAAUUUGCUCUUAGAAAUUCAGCUUUCACAUAUGUGAGUGUAUUUCUAAACUUCUGUCUCCAUGUUCUGUGUUCUAUCAAAUGUUUUCUUGUCCAUUUACAUUGUAGUUUUUGAAAUAUCUUAAACACAAAAACUAAAUAUAUUCAGUUGAAUGACAUCUGGGUGUGGUCCUUUUGAAUGCAAUGCAAAUCACCUUUGUUGUUGUCAGAAAGGAGUUGUCUGUACACUGUAAUAUGGUCACAGGUCACAUAAACACCAGGUGGCAACAGAGUCCUUCAAGCAACAUCACAUCUCAGUAAACAAGAACUCACAACUAACCAAGAAGAGCAAACGCUUCACAGCCAAGUCUUUCUGAGGCAACUUGUAUUGUGGUGUAUUUUAGAAGAAGUUUGUACAUUGAGCACGGCAAAAAGAGGAACUUUAUGAAUCAAAUUGCCUCAGGUGGCAGACAGAGGGCAGGAAGGUGGGAGGGUGGGGUCGUGUUUCUGGUGGCACGUCAGUUGGUUUCGUGGCGCCAGGCGAAACCGUUCAUUCUUGAAAAAGUAU